AGCCAAACCACCACUCCACGCCUUGCACGCUUCCCCCACGCCUCUCACGAGUCGCCAUUGGCUCACUCCUCGCAGCACACAGUCCUGGUCUCCGUUGAGCCACCGCGAGCGCCAAUGGCGGUGGCCGUGCUGCUGGCCGCCAUCCUGGCGCUGUCCCCGCUCCCCCUCUCCCUCGCGUCCCCCUCUGCGGCGGCGGCGGCCGACCGCAUCACGCGCCUGCCGGGCCAGCCGCCGGUCAACUUCUCCAUGUACUCGGGCUACGUCACCGUCGACGCCGCCGCGGGCCGCGCCCUCUUCUACUGGCUGGUCGAGUCCGCCGCCGCGAAGCCCGAGUCCGCCCCGCUCGUGCUCUGGCUCAACGGCGGGCCCGGCUGCUCCUCCGUCGGCUACGGCGCCUCCGAGGAGCUCGGCGCCUUCCGGAUCAACGCCGACGGCAGGACGCUCUCCGUCAACCCGUACUCCUGGAACAAAAUGGCGAACGUGCUGUUCCUGGACGCCCCCGCCGGCGUCGGGUACUCCUACUCCAACACCAGCUCCGAUCUGCUCGCCCCCGGCGACAACAAGACAGCUCAUGAUUCGUACACUUUCCUGGUGAAUUGGCUGGAGAGGUUUCCACAGUACAAGUACCGCGAUUUCUACAUCGCUGGAGAGAGCUAUGGAGGGCACUAUGUCCCUCAGUUGUCUCAACUGGUGUACAGAAACAACAAGGGAGUGAGGAAGCCCAUCCUGAACUUCAAAGGCUUCAUGGUCGGAAAUGCGGUCAUUGACGAUUACCAUGAUUUCGUUGGAACGUUCGAGUACUGGUGGACGCAUGGGCUGAUCUCUGAUGACACCUAUCAGAAGCUGCAGUUGGCUUGUGAAUUUGAUUCAUCUGAACACGCUUCCGAGGCAUGCAACAAGAUUUAUGAUGUUGCUGAAGCUGAGGAAGGCCUGAUCGACGCAUACAGCAUCUACACACCUACCUGUAAGAAGACCUCGCUUCAUAGGCGAAGGCAAAUCAAGGGCCGCAGGCCCUGGUUGCCAAGAGGAUAUGAUCCCUGCACUGAACAGUACUCCACGAAGUACUAUAAUCUACCAGAAGUGCAGAAAGCUUUUCGUGCGAAUGUCACUGGAAUACCGUAUGCCUGGACUAGCUGCAGUGAUGUCUUGUUUGAAUAUUGGAAAGAUUCACCAAGGUCCAUGCUUCCUAUUUACCAUGAGCUGAUUGCAGCUGGCAUAAGAAUAUGGGUCUUCAGUGGUGAUGCCGAUUCCGUAGUACCUCUCACUGGUACAAGAUACUCCAUUGAUGCACUAUAUCUUCCGACCGUCACUAAUUGGUAUCCGUGGUAUGAUGAGGAAGAGGUUGCUGGUUGGUGCCAAGUGUACAAAGGCUUGACGUUGGUGACAAUCCGAGGCGCAGGACAUGAGGUUCCCCUCCAUCGUCCACGGCAAGCCUUGAAGCUUUUUGAGCAUUUCUUGCAAGAUAAGCCCAUGCCUCGGCCUGUACCUAGCAUCCAGUCGUUUUAGAAUUUCCUUCCACUUAAAAUGGAAGAUCAGCCCAUGAAGCCAUGUUGUACAAUUUCAAGUCCGGCUACCAGAUUUUCAGUUGAGCAGAUUUCCUCUGUUCAUUUGAUGCCGAUUGAGAAAUGGGAACAGAAUCCCAUUAAAGUGGGACAAUUAGAGCUUUGUUUUUUGUUUUCAUGAGCUCUGGGGUGGCAAUGUAAUUUGAAUCAUACUUGCUUAUUUGACACAAUAAAAUGUGACCAUGUCAUUGUUAUCUGUUAAA